AUGUCCGAAAAAAAAUUGGAAAUUGAUAAUCUUAAAAUAUUUACAUUGAAUUGUUGGGGUCUAAGAUAUGUAUCGGAUCAUCGACAAGUACGAAUCAAAUUAAUUGCUCAACAUUUAGUCGAACAAGAUUAUGAUAUUGUAUUUUUACAAGAAGUAUGGAUACAAUCAGACUUUGAAUAUAUUCGAACAAAAACCAAAUCAAAAUUUCGUUUUGCUCAUAUGUUUCACAAUGCAAGCCUGCUUGGAACAAGUGGUCUGGUCAUAAUGUCCAAAUGGACACCACAAUUUAUACAUUUUCAUCCAUAUAGUAUUAAUGGUUCACCAUUUCGUCCAUUUCAUGGUGAUUGGUUUUCAACCAAAGGUGUUGCAUAUGUUCGUAUUGAAUUGAUUGGUUUGAAUUUACAUUUAUUCUGUACACAUAUGCAUGCACAAUAUGAUCAAAAAGAAAAAAUUAUCGAUCAAUAUUCUAUUCAUCGGAUUUGUCAAUCAUAUGAAUUGGCUAAAUUUAUUAAUCUUAUGGCUUGUAAUUGUAUGAAUACUGGUUCGAAAGAUUUAAUUUUAUUGGCUGGUGAUAUGAAUACAUCAUCCAAAGAAUUACCAUAUAAAAUGUUGAGUAUGUUUGUUUGUUUUGUUUGUUUUUUUCCAGAUAAAUUAAACAAAAAAUAUUCGUCGAAUAAUAAUAAACAAUUGGAAAAAUUAAAAAGUUUAGAAUCAAUUAAUGAUCAUGAAUCAAGUGAUGAAGAAUUAACAACAUGUGGUCAUCGUGAUAAUACAUUUACACCACAACAAUAUUUACAAUCAGAAAAAAAAAUUGGUAAACGUAUUGAUUUUAUUUUCUUUAAAUUAAGGGAUUCAUCAUCACCAUCUGAUCAUCAUCGUUAUUUACAUAAUCAUUUUGAAAAUAAUACAAUGGAUUUAAUAAAAAAUGAUUUUGAUACAAUAUUUUCAAAUAAUGAAAAUAAUUUAGUCACAACAACAUCAACGAAUAAUAACGCUAAUAAUCAGAAUCAGAAUCCGAAUCGUAUUGAACAAACAUCAUUUUUAAUGUGUUUACCGGAAAAAGUUAAUGUUGUUGCUAAAGAUAUAUCCGGCCUUUCGUUUAGCGAUCAUCAACCAGUUGUUGCAAAAUUACAUUUUCAAUGGAAAACAAUUAAAGAUUUAGUUAAUGAAUCAAAUAAUUAUUAUUAUAAAAAUAAUACAAGUGAUAAUACUAGUGAUGAUAGACAAUUAUUGAAUAAUAAGGCUGAAGAAAUGAAUUCAUCCUUUCUCGAGACAAGUAAUGGUUUAUCGCAAUCGCAAUCGCAAACAUCACCCUCAUCACCAACAUCGACAGCAAUGAAAAUGAAUGAUAAAAAAUCCACACAGGCAAAAUUAUUUUCAGCCAAACUGCGACGAAAAGAAUGUUAUCUAGCCCUUCGUGAAUAUCAACCAAUGUUUAAAAAAAUUCGUGAUUCAUCAUUAAUCAAUGAAAUUGAAACAUUAUUAAAUGCAUAUGUGGAAAAAUUUCUGCCAUCAUUCAAUUAUACAUUGAUUACCGUAUUGAUUAUGAUUAUUAUAUUUAUAAUGUUAUUGAUUUCGUUUAAAUUUCUAAUACCAUUAACAUUUGUUGAAACAAUAUUAAUGUCAUUAAUAUUUAUGAUUAUUGCAACGAUUGGUUUAUUAUUGAAAUUUAUAACACAUCGUACAGAGAUUAAUGCAAUCAAAGCAAUAUUGAAUGAUAUACAAAGGAAAAGAACAUUUCAUCCUGAUUAUGGUCUACGUAAUAAUGAUAAUGUUACUGUUAACGAUGGAUAAUAUUAUGUGAUCCAAAUCUUGAUGGUGAAUUUAUUUACCUUGGUUAAUAAUGAUACCCUUCUUCUUUAUUUUCAAAAAUGAAUCGAACAAAAAAGCAAAAACAUUCGAA